AUGAACAGAGAACCAUGGCAGACAUUCGUAGACCGCUGUCUUAAUGGCAAAGAUAUACCAACGGUAACUUCUGACGAGCUGCAACAAUUAAAGAAGAUAUCUCUUUCUGCAGAUGUGGUGGAUAGUCAAGAGCUGAUACUGGCGCUCUCAUAUGCUAUAAUGUCGGACCCUGAUGAGAUUAUACCACUGAUAUUGCAGCUGACAUCUCCCGCUUUCACAAAAAAGAUGGCGGUUGACUGCCUGAUUGAGCAAUUGCAACCAUUGCUAUUAAAGGUUUCUAAUAGGAAACUGAAGCGUGAGCCGAUGAGGUUGAAUAACAACAAUGUUGAUUUCAGACAGGAUGAACAACGUACCCAAUGGAAACAAAAUGGCGGAAUGAAAUCUAUCCCAUUAAUAUUCACAAUCAUAAGACUGCUAGAUAGAAGCGAUAUUUCAUCUAAUUUAGGGUGGUUAACUCCAGCUAUGUUGAAUCUCUUAGAUGAUACUUCAGACUUAACAGGCAUCAAAUUGAAAAGUGUAAUAUUGUUAGAUGAAUUUUUAAACAAAUUCAAUAACGACAACGUCGACGAUACCGAUGAUGAUAAAUGGAUAAGCUUCAAAGACACAGGAUUGUUUGCAUUAUAUGAACCUAUAUUAAAAUUAUUAUGUUAUUAUAUUCCUCCAAUGUACACAGAAAAGGAAUCACUAUCUACCAUGCAAAUAGCAUACCCAACAUUAAUUAAAUUAUAUUCGACACAAUUUAAAAAGGAUACAAGAAUGUACAAGAGGAAAAUCUCUGAAAUAUUGACAGAACUAUUAUUGCAAAACGUUAUUCCCAGAUUAGAUUUAAAAUAUGAUACUUUGAUAAUAUUCAGUUUACAAAUAAUGAAGCAAUUAAUUACGAUUCUGCAGGGCCAAUCCAUAAUCCAUUUACAAAGAAUCAUAUACUGUCUCGGUGAAUAUAUCGUCAAGACUCCCUUCUUAACAUUAUAUAAACCUCUUAUCAUAUCCGUUCUUGACGUUUUGCAGACAUUGAUUCAUGAAUGUGCCCCUGAAAGAAUAAUAGCUCAUAAAUAUGAUAUAUUAACCAUCCUUAUCAUAAUUUAUGAGAAAUGCAGUAGGGAAGGUAUUAUGGACGAUGAUAAGGGAGUCGCCACAGUCACUCCCAAGGAAACGGUAGACAUUGAAGUUACUUCAAAGAUACGUCAAAUGAUAUUCGCAUUGGAACUUCCUGCAAACGAGCGCAUCGAAUUGUUAAAGGGACGUGAUAUUGAAGCAUUAUUUACAGAUAAUUAA